AUGACCUCAAAUCCGACCGUCGAGGCCUAUGGCCGAUUGUGGGCUCAGCAUCUGGCCUCGACAAGAGACAUGACUACUGCAAUUGGCAUGAAAAAGGCCGAAUCACUAUCUACGCGUCAGCCUCCCUCGAGCGCAAUCUUUACUUUCGACGGCCCGACUCCUGGUAUCAGGGAGCCACAAGUCACAUUCUUUCAUGGUGGCGCGACCGUCAGCACGGUAAACCCAAUCACAGCCAAACUUGACCUUGAGCCCCCACGACUUCCCGCGCCACGCCCUUGGGACUACUGUCUCUUCGGCUCCGCUUUGCCACGCUUUCGUGGCCGAGAUAUCUAUAAACGAGCCGGUGUCCUGGCUCAAAGCCCCUCGGACGACCCCGAAUACAUAGCCGUCGAACGCGAGCUUUCCAGGAUCCAGAGUGGCCCUCGCAAGCGUACGCGGCCUAUGAACUUUUUCCAACAUCAGAUCGACUCCGAAGAGAGCCUCCUGUGGAACUUGUCAUCACUUGAGACUUUUGUCGCAAAGGUGGAUGGUUUGCGGAUCUUAGAAGAUGCUCGUAACUCUGUUUUCCAAUACUACGUCACUUUGCACCAGCAGGAACUACCAGUUCCUAAGCUUAUCGAGCAUCAUACCUGGCACGGCUCCAUAGAAAUCGAGAAGAUGACGAUAAUUCCUCGGAAACGGCGCUACAAUAGCGAACCCAUCUUGCGCUACGAGGAGGCCCAGUUUGAGACUGUUAGGGGCACAGAUGCCAGCCCUACCGGGAAUCCCACCUCCCAAGAAUCCGGCCGCCACAUCAGAGGCUGCCGCCGCGCGCCCAGGCUUUCUACUGUCGACGAGUGCACUGAACCUUCCGAGUCCCCACGUCGGGAGAUUGCUACUCCUUCCAUGUCUCUUAUCCACCGCCUGUCCUCAGCAGGCCACCGCACUACAAUUUCGCCAUGGAGAUUCACAUUCAUGAGUCCUUCCCAGGCCACCCACGAGGGAGAUGGAACACCUACCAAAGUCCUCCCCACCUCUGACUGUGGUUCGCCUGUGUCUAUCAAGCGUCUAUCGUCGAUGCGAGCCACUGCCAUGCUACGCACGCCGGAUUGUUUCUCGGCACCUCCGAUUGCCGCUGCCCGCCUCCAGCAACAGUCUUCUCCAGGCAUCUUCACCAAGCCGGCGCUUGCCAUCGACAAUGCGACACCCACCCACCUGGCCUCGCCCGACACUCGUCGCAGCUCAACCCCCACAAAGAAGCAUCGAGGUAGACGUCGUUCAUCCCUCACUACAAGUCGUCUCCUUGCCAUAUCUGAGAUUGCUCAUAGUCCUCUGUCUUCUCCUUCGUGUUUGACCGCAGACGAAACUGCUCUUGUUGAAAUUCCCGCCACAAACGUGUCUCUUGUGGAUACUAUAAUUGAUCGCGAGUCUAUUAUCAAAGACAACUCAUCUUCUUCUGAGGCGGAUGCGCUGGCGGGCAUUGCCGUUUUAGAUGCUCCCAUUGAGCACCAGUUGGAGGCCCAUGCCCGCACCAGCCCCGUUGCUGAAGUCGUGGCGCUUGUCGAGAUGCCUGAAAUACACAAGGAAUCUGGCCUCUGUGAUGAUGAGAUUGUCAAUCAUAUUGAACCCACACACAAGGUGUUCGAAGCUGUCGAGUGUGAUGGUGUCAAAAGUAACUUGACCGUGACUUCACCAUCUACUCCCGAACCUGAGUCCGCCGUUCCCAUCAAUAUUAACCUCGAUAUGGUCGAUGUUGAUCUCCGCAAGAAUCUGGAUAUAUUCGGUCGUUGUCGCGAGGAGUCUAUUCAAUCUGCCCAUCUACGGUCACCUAUCAACCCAUCGUCCAAGACUGCCAAGGAUUAUAUUUCGAGUCGAUCUUCCAAGCAUGAUGACCUUCAAGAAGUUGACGGCGACGUCUUGGAUGAAGAAUAUGACGAUGACGACAUGACGAGCGCUAUUAGCCACGAACAGAUCAACGACACCAUCGCUCUCAACCUUCCCGACAUCUCAGUUGGUUUGCACCAAACUGCUGAAGACGACAUGAAGAUGACUGAGCAAAAGCAACCAAUCCUCAACGCAGAUCAUCGCCAAAAAGAGGACGAGCAGAAUCGUGCAGAACUCCAGAACUUCAUGGAACGUGUGAGGGCCGGGAAAGGUGACAUAGCUGUCAAGGUCAAGCGUCGGUCGGGGUCACUUGGAACAUCUGCUACAGGAUCUCCCAUCCGACGAUCAGAACCUGGAAGCGGUGAUGAGAGCGCCUCGAAGCGACAGCCUUUGGGGGAGAAGAGUCCCAACAUGUCUCCAAGCCCAACCAAGAAGCGCAAGACUGUCGAGGAUGAGAUCAGCAGCGGCCUCCUUCAGGCGCCAUCUUUGGAGGAUCAUUCGCCCCCCAAGCCCAAGCGUCGCCGAAAGAACGCUGAGACCGAAUCUGACGGCAUCUUGAACCCAGAGUUCCAGCCAGGAGACGCUCAGCCGCCGCGUCGCAGCACGCGCACCAAGCGGACUCUCUUGCCGCCGGCACCAUCGGCCAAUGGCUUUGCCAUGAGCAAGCUGCCCGUGAUUCGCAGCAUAGUUAUAGACGAUGGUGGAUUUGGGGGCAGUCCGAGCAGCGCCAGCGUUCGCAAUGACGACCGUCAACUGCAGGCCACAACACGAGCCAAUACCCGCCGUAACAAGGCUGGGGCUCUGCAUGCCAGUGACGCGCUGAACCUGCAGGCGAAGCGAAAGCUCUCUGGCGACGACGACGAUGGCGAGGAUAAGGCGGCCGCUAACAAGAGGGUGAAGACCAAAUCGGGCAGUGCUAAGAGCGUCCGUUGGGGUACGCCCCUGGCUAGCUACCAGGAGCCGCCUGCUGCUGAUGCGCCCAUUGUCACAUCUGAUUCGGCCGACGAGCUCGCCGCCGAUGAUGACGAAGCCAUACCGGCCCCUGCCCCUGGUCCUACGGCUUCUUUAACGACGGCCCCGGUCACCAGGCGGCGCACUGCGUCUCGGCUGCCUCCACCCACACCGAUCAAAAAGACCACCGGCACAACCGCUGGCAAAGUUAGAAAGCCGAGCAACUUGGCUGCACCCAGAAGAACGUCGGCUCAAUUGGCUGCGGCUUCGGCAGCCAAGGAGGAGGCAGCACGUCUGUCUGCUGCAAUGGCUGCAGAUGCCAAAAAAGAGGAGGAGAAGAAGAAAAAGACCUCGACAAGGUCAAGGAUUGGUGCUCCCGCUGCGGCGGCCACGGGCACCACCACCAGGAGGAGGGCCGCAAGGGCGGCUUGA